AUGACUCCUCCGAUAGAGGUUAGUAAUGGAGCACCUGAAGCGUCUUGCGAAACCUCCAGUAUACUCCCCAUAGAUUAUGAACAACUGGUUUCCAAGAAUUAUGUCUUUUACGAAUUACCAUGUGGACAAACUGCUGAGGUUACCGAGUACCCAGCGGGCAUACCCCGGUUUUCGACUUUUAACACAACCGCAGGUUUCGAGUAUAACAGUGUAAAAGGCAAUGUUGCAGCUGGACUCGCUCACGUUGACGGAUAUAUCUUCCCUUGUCUAUCCUCUUCCUGCCCCAGUGCUUCCAAACAGGUCUCUGAAACUGUGACAGCCUUGAAGAAUGCUGGCACUACAGUUGGAAUGCUCUGGCUUGACAUCGAGACAUACGCAUGGCCAAGCGAUCACACGAAGAACCGCGCUUUCAUCGAGGAAAUGGGAAAAGAAUUGACAAGCCUUGGACAGAGCUGGGGAGUUUACAGCAACUACAACAAUUGGCAAUCAAUUGUUGGUCUUGACUACACCGGCAUGAAGAGCAAACAGCUGUGGUGGGCUACCUACAACAACGAAGCGGUAAGCGGACAUACCAUGUUAUCAGUUUUGUGA